CCCGCCCUCACUGAACCGAUAGUCCGGAAGCAAUUUUUUUUAGCUCAUGCUAGUUAGCUAGCUACGUCGUAAUCAAUGCAGGUGAAUACGCUCGGCGUUUUUCGGUUGUUUCGCCGUGGUUUGGUAAAUACCUAGACUGUCUCUGACAUGGCGACGUCUCUUUGUCGCGGCGGUGCGAAUUGAACCGUAAGCGAGCGCGGGUUUUGCGGUGUAAGUCCGUUAUGCGCUUAGCCUCGUUAGCAUGGAGACAAAACGAGGGGAGAUUCCCAACGGCAUAUUGGACGACCUCUGCAGUCGCUUCAUUCUCCACAUCCCCAGUGAAGAGAGGGACAAUGCCAUUCGAGUUUGCUUCCAGAUCGAGCUUGCUCACUGGUUUUACCUGGACUUCUACGUGCAGAACACACCAGGACUACCUCAGUGUGGGAUAAGAGACUUCGCCAAAGCUGUUUUUAAUCACUGUCCAUUCCUGCUCCCCCAUGGCGAGGAUGUUCAGAAGGUUUUAGAUCAAUGGAAAGAGUACAAGAUGGGCGUUCCUACAUACGGUGCAAUUAUUCUGGAUGAAACCCUGGACAAUGUGUUGCUGGUGCAGGGAUACCUGGCCAAAUCAGGAUGGGGCUUUCCUAAAGGGAAAGUCAACGAGGAUGAGGCGCCUCAUGACUGUGCUGUACGAGAGGUUUUAGAGGAGACUGGUUUUGACAUCAGAGAUCGCAUCUGCAAAGACACCUUCAUCGAACAGAAAAUUACAGAUCAACUCGCUCGACUGUACAUAAUCCCUGGUGUACCAAAAGAAACAAAAUUCAACCCCAAAACCAGGAAAGAAAUACGGAACAUUGAAUGGUUUGCUGUUGACAAACUGCCAUGUCAUCGAAAUGACAUGACCCCCAAAUCCAAGCUUGGUUUGGCUCCCAACAAGUUUUUUAUGGCUAUACCUUUUAUGAGGCAGCUCAGAGAAUGGAUAGCCAAGCACAAACUGGAAUCGACGAGCAGCGAUGAGGACUUUUUAUCCAAUGGCAGCACUCCGUGCAAACCUUUUCGAUCGAAGUCUCGGCGCACACCGAUUGCAACCGAGGCAUCUCCAGGUGAAGGCUGGGCAAAGAACAAGCAGCAGAAAGCUUUCGGUCAGCCUGGGCAAUAUGAGCUUGCAGACUUUCUCAAAGUCAAGAACAAUAAUGUGAAAUGCAAUGGAAAGAAGCACCAGGAGUCCCCUAAUGUAAAAAAAAGAUCAAAUGAGAGAGAUGAAAAGAAGCUUCAGCCCAGAAGACUGCAAGACAACUUCGACGCAGACGAGGCGUCCGACACGCUCGGCUCGAACAGGCAGUCGGAAAACGAGCACAUUCACUCCUCGAAGUCCUUCCUCAACUUCAAGUUCGAUCGUGAGGCUAUCAUGAAGUCGUGCUUCGACUCCUGACUACCUCUGCAUUACUUCCUCAGUUUUAAAGGCACAGGUUGUUGCCGCUUGAGCCGUUUCCGUGAACUCGCAUAUUCAUAACACAUACGUUCUUCAAGUGGUUUAAAAAAAAAAAGGGGGCAGUCAUAAAAGGGUUGUUGGACCAAUAUGACUACAAAUUUGACUUUUUCAUCCACCGUACGUGAAUCUUGUCAUUUUUAGAUGGGCAGUGGUAUUAUUCAGAUUGUGCAAUCGUUUUAUUUCCUUUUCCUCAGUCAUGCAGAAGAUUGCAACUGUUGAGCUGUUGAGCUUUUAGCACUGAAACAAAAACAAUGUUUCUAGUUUACUGGGAUCUGUUCUGAUUAGUUCUUUCGAUCCAGUGUUGUACAUGUUCAUGUGUGUUUUUUUAUAUAUAUAUAUAUAUAUAUAUAUAUAUAUAUAUAUAUAUAUAUAUAUAUAUAUAUAUAUAUAUAUAACUUUUUAUUUUUUUUAUAUAUAAACUAUGAUGCACUGCUGGACGCAAUAGUUCAGAACCAUAUUGACUCAUUCUGUAGUGUAAGUGUCAACCUAAAGUGACUAAUUAUGAUAAUAACCAGAGCUUUAAAGUAACAUCGAUUUAAAACAGGGCGUCAUUUAUUAUUGAGAAACACAUUUCCCAUUAUGCGAUAUGUGAUUACACGAUCAGACUUUUCGAUCACUCUCUUGUGUCUGUAGAAAUAUCACCAUCUUGCCUUUUGAAUGUGAACCUUUUUACAUGGCAAUUCCAUUGUUUUGUUUUUUGUUUUAAAUAAGCAACUUUAUACAUUUUUUCCCAUCAAGCUUUCAAAUGCUGCUAGAGUUUGCACAUUCUAGCCUGUUUCAAUCUUUCAGUGUCCUCAAUCAAGUGGGUCGGAUCCAAGUAAACAGAUGCAUCUUGUUCGUCCUUGAUCAUCGCUGAUAAAUCUUUCUCAGGAACCUUAAACACACCCCCACCCCCACCCACACACACACACACACACACACACACACACACACACACACACACACACACACCCAUUCACCCCCGAUGGAGAAUUUCGAGUGGAGCAAGAUGUUAUUCACCAUCUCUUGUUUUUCAUUGCCAUAUAUUAGUUUCUGCUUAUCAAUAAAUCAACAUAAAUUUGAACAACA